GUUCGAGCUCUUUCCCUCGCAAUCUUCAACUCCCAGCGGCGCGAGCUCUGUUCGAGUGUUCGUUAGUGUUGCGAGUCCGGCGAUCCAAUGGCUCCAAAGAAGGAUAAGGCUCCGCCGCCGUCGUCGAAGCCGGCCAAAUCGGGAGGCGGGAAGCAAAAGAAGAAGAAGUGGAGCAAGGGUAAGCAAAAGGAGAAGGUCAACAACAUGGUUCUCUUCGACCAAGCUACUUAUGACAAGCUAAUCUCUGAAGCUCCCAAGUACAAGCUAAUCACCCCCUCCAUCCUCUCCGAUCGUCUCAGGGUGAAUGGAUCUCUGGCGAGGAAGGCAAUUAGGGAACUGAUGGCAAAAGGUUUGAUCAGGAUGGUCUCUUCUCAUUCAAGCCAGCAGAUUUACACCAGGGCAACAAACACUUGAAUUUUUAACACGUAAAACUAUGAACAUGAAAUGGUUGGUUAGAUUUUUCAUCAAGCAGUAUUUGGGUGUGAAGAAAGUCAUUCUGUCGAGUACAAGAGUUAAUUGGAUGGCAGCACGUUUGAUCUUGUAAAUCGUCGUUUCGCAUGUGUUAUGUUUAUUUGUAGCAUCCCAACACAUUCAUAGCUUAUGGCAAAAAGAUAGGAUUUAUGAGUAAGAAACAUGUAUGUGCAUGUUUCAUCCACUGGAUUCCUAUUUAAUGCCCUAAUUUGAAAAUCAUGAAGUGGUUUGUUUGGAACUGGGUUGGAUUUUCGGUUUAGCACAAAGAUUUGUUACAGACUUAACUUUUGUGCGGCAUCUAGCACUCAAAUCUUGUUAGUAUCCAUGUUUUGCCUCUCAUAAUCGUGAUAGAUCUUAUAUAGUUUGUUUUAUAUGACUUGUCUUACCUGACUUGACUAACUUGUUUUGGAUGGAUACGAUUGUGGGUAGUUGUUUUGUAAUUACCCAUCUAAUUUUGUUAUCCGUUUUGACCAAAUUAUAUAAAAAUUUUACUUAAAUAAUUUAAUUUUACUUUCAUUACAUUGUAGUAUAGCUCUAAUGAAAUUAAAUUAGACGA